UGUUUGCUUAAAAAGUUAUAUAGUUUAGUUUUACAUGGCCACAUGGUUGUUUUGGAGACUCUCUCGAGCAUUAGUUGAACUGUUUUGAAUUUCUCUAAUAAUUGACCUCUAUAUAUCUACUCUAUUUAUAAUUAAUAUUUUUCAUUUGAUCACUUCAUUAAUAAAAACACUCAAUCAAAGAUGAAGAGAUUGUGUUAAAAUAAUUGUUUGUAGGAGAGUAGUAGAGAGUGUGAGAAGCAUGCUAAGGAUUUGUUUCGGAGGCAAGGCAGACCGCCGCGGGGGCCGCCGGCUGCUGCUACACCGUAAGAAGUGUGUAUGGUCCAAUCUACUGGAAGAGCUGUUAGUUGAAGUAUUUUCAUGGCUGCCUGCAGAGUCUUUGAUCCGAUUCAAGUGCGUGAAUAAAUAUUGGUAUGGUCUCAUAACUUCUCUUCUAAAAAACUCAUCAUUUGUCCACAAUCACUUUCGCAACCUAAACUCCAUCUGUACCUCUUCAUCAUGUAUGGUCUUUUGUUGCCCUGGAUAUGGCCACUUGUACUACCCGGAACUCGAAUCUCUACGCAACAAUGUCUUCAAAUCUCUCACUAUAUUCUAUGAUCCUUCUACAAAAAUUUCUUUGUUGGAACGUUUUGAUCUACCUUUGAUUUCGGGUAAAGAACACGCCUCUAGUGUGAUUGGGAUUCAUUGUAAUGGUAUAAUUUGCCAAGUGAAUUGCCAAGGAGCCAUAGCUUUAUGCAAUCCGGUGGUAAAGCAAUGGAGAAAUCUUCCCAAAACAUGUCUGAGAGAGAAUAUCAGCCCCCAAGGAGUUGGAUUCGGUUACGAUUCGAAAUCGGGUGAUUACAAAGUUGUUAGGUUUGGGUGGAGAAAGAAUCAGCUUGGAAAAGUUUUGGCUGAGGUUUAUAGCAUGAGGUCAAAUUCUUGGAGAGAGAUUGGAGUUGACAUUAAAUUCAAGCGUUGGACAGGCAAUGCCAUGAAAUGUUAUUGUAAUGGGUUUUUUUAUUGGUCUAAAUGGGUUAAUUCAUCAUCUGAGUUUUUAAUCAUAUCUUUUGAUAUGUGUAAGGAGGUAUUUAGUUAUGUGGCGUUACCGGGUAAUAAUCUUGUAGUGCAUAAAGAGCAGAUUCCUACAAUGGCUGCUUGGAAUGACUCACUUGCUUUAAUGUUUUAUAGUGAGAAUAAAGUAUUUUUUGAGUUGUGGGUGCUGAAUAAUAAUCGAGAUCAUUGUUGGAGUAGAAAACUAGUGAUUGAAGCUGGUGGAGUGGAAUUUGCACGUCCAUUGAAUUUCAUGAAAAAUGAUGAAAUUCUCAUGCAAACUGAUGAGAGGAAUAUAUUGGUGUACAACAUUCGAAAUCAAGUGAUCAGAAAACGUAUUCAAAAGGUGUUUAGAUUACAAAGUUGGGAUUUCUUCUAUGCCCCCAGUUUGGUAUCUGUUCAUGGUAUUUCUGAUCAAGUCAUCUAGUAAUCUCUCUCAACUAUAUUUUUAUUCAAGGCUAAUUUGGAUGCAGUGUGUUGGAGAUCAUAGAAGAAGUGGAAUAAAUGAAGAUUCCUUUAUUUUUUUUUAAUUCUUGUUUAGUAAUAAGGUUUCUCUGGCCGGUUUAAAUUCUCA